CGCAAACAUCGUUUCCCCGCCCCAGUACAUGAUAGCUACCUACCUGAUUGCUAGACGACUUUCUGUCUACCGAUUCUCUCUACAUUCAUCUGCUCGUCGUUGUGUCAGGCACCUAGCACCCCUAGCAGUCAUGGCCGACCCUCCCGAGGCACAAUUCCAGAAGCUUCACAUCGAUCAGCCUGAUCUCCCAGAUUGCUUCCCUGCUCUCAAUCCUUUGGACGCGUAUCGCAUACACAUAUCCAACACCCUAUCAGAAUUAUCUGAUGUCCAGCCGAAGACUAUCUACCUAGCCUUGCAACGAACGUCAAUCUUGGACAAAGGCGACCUCCUGCUUCCUGUACCAGCUCUGAGAAUCAAAGGGGAGCAGCCAAAUGUGCUUGCAACUCGCUGGGCUGACCAGUUCCCGGAAUCCACACUAGUCUCGAAGCCUAUCGUCGACGGUUCGUUCCUCCAAUUCCAUUUCAAACCUAGCGCGCUCGUGAAGAAAGUAAUACCGGCUAUCCUGCAGAAUCGAACUGGAUGGGGCAGUAACCCUCUACUUGGGUUGAAGGAUGUCAAAGACCCCUCAAAAGGCCGAAAGCGUGUUGUAGUGGAGUUUUCGUCGCCGAAUAUCGCCAAGCCUUUCCACCAAGGCCAUCUACGGAGUACUAUUAUCGGAGGUUUCCUGUCAAAUCUUUAUGAAGCCGCCGGAUGGGAUGUUGUCCGCUUGAAUUAUCUCGGCGACUGGGGUAAACAAUACGGACUGUUGGCGCUGGGCUAUAAGAUGCACGGGGACGACAAAGCCUUGGAGGCUGAUCCAAUCCAUCACUUGUAUGAGAUCUAUGUCAAGAUCAACACGCUCCUCGCCGAGGAGCGAAAGGAAAUUGAGCAACUGGAGAAGGAAGGAAAGGACGCUACCAAAAUCCGCAAUGAGGGACUUGACGAGCAAGCUCGCAAAUACUUCAAAGCCAUGUGUGACAACGACCCGGAAGCAAUCAGCAUGUGGAAAAAAUUCCGGGAGCUCAGCAUACAGAGGUACAAAGAGGCAUAUAAGAGGCUGAACAUUCGCUUCGAUGAAUAUGCGGGCGAAAGUCUGGUUCAGGAAGCAAGCAUGCAAAAUGCGCAGGAUCAAUUGGGAAAUAAAGGACUGGUUGAAGAGUCACAAGGUGCCGCAAUAGUGGAUUUCUCCAAACACGUUGAUGGCAAGGCAGGAAAGGCGCUCGGCAAAGCACUGAUACGCAAAACGGAUGGCACAAGUCUUUACCUGACUCGCGACGUCGGCGCUUUAUUUGAGCGGAAUGAUCACUACAAGUUCGAUCAGAUGAUAUAUGUUGUCGCCACUGAUCAAGAGUUGCAUCUCAAGCAGCUUUUCAAGCUUGUGGAGCUGACUGGCCACGAUGAUCUCCGAUCUCGAAUCUCCCAUGUCAGUUUUGGACUAGUUCUGGGAAUGAGUACUCGCAGAGGAACAGUAGUGUUCCUGGAUGAUGUCUUAAGAGACGUCGGUGAAAAGAUGCAUGAAGUGAUGCGGAAGAACGAGGUCAAAUAUGCUCAAGUAGCGGAUCCGGUCAAGACUGCAGAUAUUCUAGGUAUAAGCAGUGUGAUGGUGCAAGAUAUGAGUGGAAAACGAAUCAACAAUUACCGUUUCAACAUGGAUACGAUGACUUCUUUUGAGGGAGACACCGGUCCCUAUCUUCAAUACUCGCACGCCCGCCUCAACUCAAUCCUGAUCAAAGCGGGUCUUCCAGCUUCUGACAUUGAAUCAGCGAACCUUGACCUCCUGUCGGAACCUCAUGCCGUCAAUGUCGUCCGACUUAUUGCCACAUUCCCUGACACCUUCCUCAACAGUCUGAAAACACGAGAACCUACGACCAUUUUGACCUACUUGUGGCGUUUGACGCAUGCAAUCAACAGCAGUUACGAUGUCUUGCAGGUAGUUGGCAGCGAGCGAGAAGUCAUGAAGGCUCGAGUAGCACUCUAUGAUGCAGCCAAAUCUGUGAUCAAUAACGGAAUGCGUCUACUAGGUCUGACCCCCCUGGACCGGAUGUGA